GUAGAGUAAAUUCAAUAGUUUCUUGAAUUUGACUUUGUUUCCAAAUCAUAUCCGUGAUUUUAAAUUUGAAUUUUAAAUUCACGCCAUUGUACAGAAAAAAGAAAUAUUCAAUUUUAUUCCUAAAUAGUUGCGGUCGAAAUCAGUGCAUUUAAUAACGUAGCAUAAUUAGCAUGCUGAUAAUUGCGUCCUAAUUCACGUAAUUAAAAUUAAAUUCCCACACAAAUUUUGCUAAAAUAGGUACAAGGAGUUUUAGGAAAUUCGAAAAAGACCCAAAAGAAUCAAAAUUUGCCAAGCUGGCAUUCAGACCGCGCGUGCCGACUCCUUUAUAUUCCUCUCUUUCCUGUUCACUUCUCUUCAUUAUAUUUUUUCUCGCUUUCUUCUGUUACAAAUCUUCUUUCCGUUUCUUCUUCCCUCUGUUCACACACACACACACACAAUUACACAAACUCAUUAAACAAAAAAAUGUAUACCAGAGAGGAGAAUUAUCAUUACAAAACAAGAAAAAACAGCAUGAACACACCUUCAUUUUCCUCCACCCUUCUCGACGAAAUCUACCGCUCAAUCGACGGCGGCGCCGCCGCGGCUGAAAAACCAGAGGGUUUCAACGAAAAGCCUCUCAGAAAACAGGGCGGCGGUGGUUGUGCUUCUGUCAGAAGGGUUUGUCUGGUCGAGAAAUGGAUGGAGAAGGAGGCUAACGAGAACGUCGUUGCUAAAAAAACGGCGGCGGCGGCAUUGUUGCCGGAGCUGGACAACAACGAUCUGCUGUUCUUCAGCUCGACUUCGAGUUCUUCCGACAGCUCCGGCGCACUUUCUUCAUCGUCGGAAACAGAGUUCUUCGGCUCCUCCUCCACGAAGAAGCCGCCCAAGGUUUCUUGUUUCUCAUCAACAAGACCUAAACCGGUUCGGACCGGCGCCACGACCCGAGUUGAAACAAAACCGCAAAAGGACAACCGGUUUUUGUUCGACGAUUACAACAACAACAGCAACAAGAAGAACCAGGAUCAUCAGAAAAGCAAAACGGGAGAUGAUUUGCUGAUCAAGUCAAAAUCCAGGGCUUUAAAAAUCUACGCCAAUUUGAAGAAAGUGAAGCAGCCAAUUUCUCCAGGUGGGAAGCUCACAAGUUUCAUCAACUCCUUCUUCACCAAUGGCAAUAACGUAAUUAAUACAAAGAUUCAGGAUUCUUCGAAGUCUUCACCAAAGGCCUCGUCAACUACUUGUUCGUCGGCUUCUUCGUUUUCCAGGUCAUGUUUGAGCAAAUACUCGCCGAAAUCAAGGGAGAAAAUCAAGAACGGCGUUCAAAGAAGUGUGAGAUUUAAUCCAGUGAGCGUUGUCGUUGAUCAAGAUUUAAGGCCGUGCGGGCAAAAACCCGUUUACGAAAGGCCUCCGUUGCCACCAAAUUCAUUGGCAAAGUUGAAAUUUAGCAAAAUGGAGAAAAAUAUCGAAGUUGAAGAUGCUGCAAAGAAUGUUCUAAGAGGGUAUUGUAGUAAAAACGGCGACAAUUUGUCCUUGUUUAGGAAAAUUUGCGACGAACAAUAUGACGACGAAGACGAUGAUGAUGCAAUGAGUGAUUCGAGUUCGGAUUUAUUCGAGCUCGACCACUUAGCAUUCUUUGGAGACAAAAGAUUCUGCGAAGAAUUACCCGUGUACGAAACUACUCGUUUAGACACUAAUCGCGGUGUUGUUAGCCGUUUGGUUCGUUAAUUACACCGGAAUAAUAUGUAUUUUCUUUUAGUUUUUAUUUUAUUUUAUUUGAGUUGUACAUUUCUUCUUUAUUGAACUAUAGGGCUCUUUUUCAGAAUGCUUUUGAUCAUAAUCACACAUAUAAAAAAAUUGGUAGUA